AUGCUGUUAAACAUCCCACAUAGCACAGGACAGCCCCCGACAGCCAAAGAGGAACAGAGGGAAGGCACACCUGAGCAAGGGUGUCCUCUGCGGCUGCCAUCCAAGCCGAGAGCCCCGCUCAGAAGCCGCACACGGGCUCUCGUCUGCCCGGCCUUGUCCACCGCUGGAGGCCGCCGUGGGGUGCCGGUCGGCUCCAGCCAGCAUCGGGCGGAGAGGCAGGUUCACAGAGAAUUGUGGCCUGGAGAGGGCGUUGCUCGCCUGUUGGAGCUGAACGGAAGGCUUCUGGAAUGUUCCUGGACCUGGUGUGCAGAGUGCUCAGAGACUCUCUUCCCACGAAGCCAGCAGUGUGACCAGCUCAGAAGAUGCUCUUUCCUGGGGGAGGGCUCUUAA